AUGGGCGAACCGGCUGUGGUGUACUCCGUCGAGCUACUGCUGGACACAAUCAAGCUGCACCCGGUGCUGUACGAGAAACAGAACGGACACUCACGCUCUGUAGGAUUUUUUUUCUCUCUUUUGGAAUGCCUCUAUGUCUUCCUAAGUGGAUCUGCCGUUCACUCCAUGUACGUAGAUGUGCAAAAAAGGUUGUCUUUGUCAGUGACAGAGCUGCAGCGUCUCAGCGAUACACGAUGGGCCUGCCAGAUAGCGGCUUGCAGAGCUGCAAUGAAAAGCUUUCCUGCAAUCCUUGUAUGUCUCGCCGAAGUCAUCGCUACAAACAGCAGGCGGGCAACGGAAGCUAGGGGUCUGCUUGAGCAAAUGAACUUCUCGUUUCUCUUCCAUUUAAGCCUAUUUACCAAGGUACUUAGCCGCCUUAAGGUUCUUUCGCACCUAUUGCAAUGUAGAGACUGCAAUCUUAGUCAGGCAUGCAUCAUGGCACGCACAGUCAUUGACGAGUUCUCCGAAAUGAGAAAUUCGCAGAGCGCAUUUGACACUGUGUGGGCGCAAACCUGCAGUAUUUCUGAGAAGAACCGGGUGCCCCAAAGGGAAAAGCAGAGAACGAAGCGUCUUCCGCUCCAUUUGGAGCAGUUUGUAUUGAGUGAAGGACGGCCCGUUGAAGAAGAGUCUCCAGAUUCAAAGGAAACAUUCAGAGUCAAAGUUUUUCUACCCGUUUUGGACCACCUCAUUGCGGAACUGACUGGGCGGUUUACGGAGAAUAAUGAUGUACUCUGCGGAGUCAGCGCCCUCCACCCCCAGAGUGAGAAUUUUAUGGACAUCUCCUUACUCAAGCCUUUCGCUGAGCACUAUGCAUGCGACAUCGACAGUGUUGAAGUCGAGUGCAAGUUGGUAAUAAAACUUCUUCAGCGCAUCGAAGCCGAAAGGAAGUGCAAGAUAGAAACAUUGAUGCUAUAGAUCUAGAGACCUGGCCUAUUGGUGACUGUCUUGGGAGAGUAUAAGCUAGCCUUCCACGAACUGCACAAGCUAGGUGUUAUUGCUGUGACGAUACAGGCAUCGUCAUCAUCUUGCGAGCGCACAUUUUCAUGCCUUCGAAGACUGAAGACUUAUCUUCGCAGCAGGAUGACCAACAACCGUCUGAGCGACCUAUCUGUGCUUGCGGUCGAGCGAUCUCUUUCCAAUAAGAUAGAUCUUCAGCGUGUUGUUUACAUGUUCGAUGCUGCGCACAGUAAUCGACGUAUACGUCUACACUAA